AUGUCGCCUUCAGCGGGCACUCUUCAUGCCCUUGGCCAUAACUGGCUGGGGAAGGCGGAUAUUGCUGUUCAGACGAUCUUGUUGUGUGGAGGGGUUGUUGCUGUUGCCUUGAGAUUAUGGUCGAGGAGGCUAUUGGGUGUUUCCUGGCAAUGGAAUGAUUGGUUGAUUUUAGUUUCUUUGAUGGUCAUGAUGGGCCGUUAUAUAGUUGAGCUUUUGCUGAUUUUGAUGUGCGGCUUGGGCUUGCAUACUGCCGAGGUGACUCUGCUUGGAGGAGCUGACACAUUUGUUCGUUUCGACAAGCUCACAUAUGUUGGUGAUCUUCUAUGGAUCACAGUCGUGGCCUUGAUUCAGCUGUCAAUUCUACACUACUAUCUCCGCCAAUUUCAGCAUCGAGUUGUUGUGUUGAUGACAUAUGCCACUAUGGCUCUCUGCUCAGCUCUCUGGAUUGGAAGUUUUUUCGCAAAUGCAUUUUUCUGCACGCCGGCAAAGAAGUUUUGGUUAACAGAUAUUGCUGGUCAUUGCGGUAAUCGCAAAAUGCUACACUUGGGCUCCACUGUGAGCGAAACCAUUCUCGAGGCAUUUAUCAUCUGUCUUCCCAUCCCAGUCCUAUCACACAUGCAACUCUCAAAGGCCAGAAAGAUAUCAAUGGGAGUCGUGUACCUCCUCGGUAUUAUUAUCAUUGUGGCAACGGCAGUUCGCAUAAAAGUCGAAUUCGACCUUAACCCAGACGACGAAACCUUCGGCUCUGCACGAAAAUCCCUUCUCUCAUGCAUCGUUCCUCUACUAGGCAUCAUCGUCGCUUGUCUACCAAUCCUACCACCAGCCAUUCAACGAAUCUUUGGAACAACAAUAUUCUCCCCUUCAGACGGUGAGACCUAUGGGCAUAGGUCAUCGGGCUACUAUAAAACGACCGUCAUAUCAGGCACUCAAAUGGAAGGGCCUGAGAUCCCCCUUGUAACUGUCACGCAGCCUCCCAUGGCAAAGAAAUUGUCGGAAUGGUGUCAUGGCCAGAUUAAGAUUACUUCUGACUGGGAGAUUCAUUCCACGAGGAAUUCAGCUAGAAUUGAUAAGGAUUCUGUGAGGCGGGCUUGA